CGGUGCGCAUCAGUUUAGCUCUGAUCAUGGCGGACGAAACAACGCCGCUUACCGAGGCCACUGCCGGUGGCUCAGGAUAUGUCCUCCUGCCGCCGUAUCAAGGACCCGAACGCGUUUUUCCCGGCGGUGUUUCUCCGCGCUCGCGUCGCAGCAAGAUGCGGCAGUUUCAGUGCUGCAUAGGCAUCACCUUUAUAGCAAUUGUAUUUACCGCCCUGUGCCUGGCCCUAGUAUACAGCGAUUCCCUUGUUAGUGCGGAUGGGGGUCCCAGCUUUUUCUUCGUCGUCAAUGGAUCGGAAACCGAGUUGCCGCCCAACAAACCGCUUCCAGACGAACCGGCGGCGGAUUGGGCCUUACAACAAGCGGCACUGGGUCACCACGAUGGCGCCCAGGCGGUUAGCGCUGGGAUCAAAGCUCUAGGAGAUCGGGAAAUACUGGAGGAGGGUUUGCAGCCCAACGAGGUGAAUACGCCGGCCUUCCGACACUAUCGCUCCUUGAGUACGAAUCCAGAGGCAAGAAAACUGGCACGACGUGGCUAUGUGGAGAACCAGGCCACCAUGGAUAUAGCCAAGAGAUUCAACUACACCAAGCGGCCAGGACGCAGCAAUAUUGGAUGGGGACCUAAAAUAGUCCUGCCUGAUCCCACGGUUUUACGAUUGGAUUGUGAUUUUAAUGCCCGCUAUAGAAGAUCCACGGGGGUUUGUAAUAAUAAAGAACAUCCCAGGACUUAUGGAGCCUCGAUGGUGCCUUACCGUCGCAUGGUCUCUCCAGACUACGCCGACGGUAUUGCUGCUCCUCGGGUUAGUCAUCAUGGACGCCUGCCGCCGGCUCGUCAGGUCUCCCUGAAGAUUCAUCGAUCCAGCUACGAGACGGACUCGAAUUUCACUGUGAUGCUGGCCGUUUUUGGUCAGUUCAUGGACCAUGACAUCACGGCUACAUCGCUAACCACUUCGCAGGAGGGUGAGUCCAUCGAUUGCUGUGUGGCUGCCACCCGCGAGCAGCAUCCGGAAUGCUUUCCCGUGGAUAUCCUGCCCGAUGAUCCGUACUACAAGCAGUACAACAUCAGUUGCAUGAACUUCGUGAGAUCUGCUCCAGCGCCCACGGGAAGAUUCGGACCACGAAUGCAGUUGAACCAGGCCACGGCCUUCAUCGAUGCCUCCGUGGUCUACGGCAAUCUGGAGCAGAGGCAGCUUCAGCUGCGCAGCUUCAUCAACGGAACUCUGCGGAUGUUUCUCACGGAUGAUGGUCGCCAGUUGCUGCCCAUCUCCUCGAAUCCAUCGGAUGGUUGUAAUCGAGUGCAGAUGACCCGACUGGGAAAGUACUGCUUCGAGUCUGGCGAUGAUCGGGCCAAUGAGAACUUGCUGCUCACAUCCAUGCACCUGCUGUGGGCCAGACAUCACAACUAUUUGGCUCGCCAAUUACAGGAGCAGAAUCCCGUCUGGGAGGAUGAGCGGCUGUACCAGGAGGCACGCAAGAUUCUAGGUGCCCAAAUGGCGCACAUCACCUACAAUGAGUUUCUGCCAGUGCUGCUAGGGAGGAAUCUCAGCGAGGCCAAGGGUUUGCUGCCGGCCAAGCAUAACCUAGAUGCUCCGGACACCUAUGACCCGGAGGUGGACCCGAGUAUUGCCAACUGCUUUGCAGCAGCCGCUUUCCGCUUCGCACAUACCCUGCUACCUGGAUUGUUUAAUGUCUCCCGGGAUAAUAGUAGUCCCGAAGCCAUAGAACUUCACAAGAUGCUCUUCAAUCCAUUCUCCCUCUGGUCGGAGCAUGGGAUUGACCACGCCCUAAUGACGGCAGCCAAUACGCCGGUGAUGCAAGUGGAUCGGUUCUUUUCGUUGGAGGUCACCCAGAAGCUUUUCGUUGGCACCGCCGAGGAUAAGGUUCCUAUGUGCGGUCUCGACUUGGUUUCCCUCAACAUUCAAAGGGGUCGUGAUCAUGGGAUACCUUCCUAUCCGGUCUUCCGGCGACACUGUCGUCUCCCACCAGUGGACACGUGGGAGCAGAUGUCCCAGGCCAUACACAACGCUACUUUGAACACCAUAAUGCAGAUUUAUGAAUCUCCGCAGGAUGUGGACGUUUACACGGGUGCUCUCAGUGAGCCACCACUGGAAGGAGCUAUCUUCGGUCCACUCCUCAGCUGCAUGGUAUCGGAUCAGUUCGUACGCCUCAAACUGGGCGACUCCCAUUGGUACGAGCGGAAGAUGGGCCCACAGAAGUUCACCAAGGCCCAACUAGCGGAGAUUUACAAAACCAGUCUGGCUGCAAUCAUCUGUCGCAAUUCCGACGGAAUAACCCGAGUGAGAGAGCAUGUAAUGAAGCGUCUGCGUGAUAAGGACAAUCCCCAAGUGAGCUGCCAGGACUUGGAGGGAUUCCACUUCAGUUUUGAGCCCUGGUCUGAGGACAAGCAACCGAAGGACCUGCACAGUACAGGAAUAAGUAGGGGAUCCACUUCAGUGCGGGUAAUGUCCAAGGAAAAGCAUCGGGCAGCCAAUGUAACUCUUCAAAUUGAUAAGGGGAUCUGAUCUAAAUAGGAAAAUCCUUAGUUACCUAAGAAAAUACAGCUAUAGCUUACUGGUGGAAAAAAACGUACGUAGUGACGACCCGUUUGAAAAAUGUGCUUAAAAUUUACUUUGAUUUAUUUCUAAGCAGGGAGGACAUAAAGUGCGUCUGUAAUUACCAAAAAAGAUUCCUAUUUAACAAACGAUAAGAUAUCACCUUCAUCUUCAAAGUUUUAUA